AUGGAAUUUGUUAAAAGUGCCAAAGGCAAUAAUUUAUUAGUGUAUAAAGGUUUCCUAUACUCCAGAGAGAAACCACCAAAAAAUGAAAAAACCAUAUGGAAAUGUGUGGAAAGUAAAAAUUUUUGCCAAGACAUUACACCAGGAGUUUCUAGUGUAUUACCCAGCAUCAGUUCUUUAAAACGCAAUGUUCGACGAUAUAGAGUAUGCUUAGAAACUUCCCCCUCUAAUCCGUCUUCACUGGAAAAUUUAAUAAUACCAGAAAAAUUUUUACUCACAGUGGACAAAAAGCCAUUUAUGUUAUAUGAUAGUGGUAAGGAAGAUUCUCAAAGAUUACUGAUUUUUUCUACCAAAAUAAAUUUAGAACUUCUCGCAACGUGUGAUCAUUGGUAUGCUGACGGAACAUUCUCUUCUUCCCCUCAACUAUUCUCACAAAUUUAUACUGUUCAUGGAGCUAAAUUUUCUACCUGCAUACCCCUUGUCUAUGCUUUGCUGCCUGAUAAAACCCAGACUACUUAUACAAAAUUUCUGACAGCAUUGAAAGCACUAAACUCAUCAUUAAAACCUAGUACAUUAAUGAUAGACUUCGAACAAGCAGUUCAAAAAUCGGUCAAUGAAGUUUUUCCGGAAUGUCUGGUAAGAGGCUGUUUCUUUUAUUUUCCCCAAUCAAUAUGGCGUCACAUUCAGUCUUCAUCUUUACAACAGCGGUUUAUGAACGAUGCAGAAUUUGCACUGGAAAUUCGUCAAUUAGCUGCUCUUGCGUUUAUUCCAAAGGAGGCUGUGGAGAAAUCGUUCAAAACUUUGAUUGAGAGUGAAUUUUACGAAAAUAAUGAACCAGAACUUGCUCCUCUCCUCAAUUACUUCGAGGAUACUUGGCUGGGGAGACUAAAUAGGCGUGGACGGCGGCGCAGUCCUCUGUUUCCUCUUUCUAUGUGGAAUUGUUUCACUAAUGUAACUGCAGAUCUCCCUCGAUCUAAUAAUGGGGUUGAAGGAUGGCACAAUACUUUAUACUCACUCCUGCAUGCUGCACAUCCUUCUAUUUGGAAAGUAAUUAAUGCAUUCCAAAAAGACGAAAAUCUGACAAGAGUGAAGAUAGAAGGUUUUAUUCAGGGGAAGGAAAAUGUGUCUCAGAAGAAACGUUAUAAGCUCUUAAAUGCAAGAAUAGAGACUAUUUGUUCUAAAUUUCAAGAGACGCCAACUCUCGACUACCUACGUGGUAUUGCUCAUAAUUUGCAAUUUAAUGUUUAA